GACCAAACAUGACUGAAAGGAAGGCCGUGAUCAAGAAUGCGGACAUGUCCGAGGACAUGCAGCAGGAUGCUGUGGACUGCGCCACCCAAGCCAUGGAGAAGUACAACAUUGAGAAGGACAUCGCCGCCUACAUCAAGAAGGAGUUCGACAAGAAGUACAACCCCACCUGGCAUUGCAUCGUCGGGCGCAACUUCGGCAGCUACGUCACACACGAGACCAAGCACUUCAUCUAUUUCUACCUAGGACAAGUGGCCGUCCUGCUCUUCAAGUCUGGAUAGAGAGCUGCUGAGGGUACCGCAGGGUGGGAGGGGUGGUGGUUCUACACAGUGGAGAAUCUUACAGCACUUAUUACAACAAUCAAUCCUGUAGCCAGAACUCUGCAUGAAAGCCCCCCAACUAAUCAGACUGUCCUCAACUAUAAGUAGUGUUCUAUGAACAAAUUUACCUAGGUACCAGAUCUUUACAGCAACGAUUGACGGGAUCACAUCUGCGAAGGAUCACAUCUUGCGGAGAAGAAGCAAAUACAAUGUAUAUUUAUUUUCUGUUCUUAUUCUGGUAUUUUCCACUAAAACUCUCGUUAUAUUCCUCGGCUGUAUGUACAUAUUGUUACAAGAUGUGCUAGAUUUGUCACUAUGUUAACUUGAAAAUACAAAAUCAUAUGUAUAUCAAGAAA